AUGCCUUUCCUUUUUUACCCUUCUUCAUUUUCGUUUGUGCCCGAACCCGAGUUUAUAUUGCAAGAAGAUAUGGACAAGCUUACCGAUAAAAUACAAGAGCUUGAGUUAGAAAACACUCAAUUACGAGUCCAACUCAAUCGUGCCAAGGAACGUAACCACACCUUUGAGGACAAUGGUAAGAAAGUCUAUGAGGAGUUUGCGGUUAGCAAGAAGAGACUCAAGGAAGUCAAAUACCAAAGAGUUUGGGUUGGUGGUGCUCUACUAGGAGCCAAUUCUGAGCUAGACACUCGCAACGACAAGUUGGAUCAAGCAUACCGAAGCAUUAGGGACCUUGAGAAGACCUUUGAAAGGUCUAAUUCUAUGAAGAAAGAGGCUAGGGAGGAUUACAAAGCCAAAGUCCUCGAGCUUAGGGCCACUCUAAAGGAGUGCAAGGAUCUCUUGGCUAAGGAACAUCUAGAGAGGGAAAAGGUUCACCGAAGCUUCUUGCGCGAGCAGUUUAACUUGGGACGAGCUUACGAGAAAAUCAAGAAUCUGAAGAUGGGAAUCUAUGAUCAAGCAUACUUGGAUUUGCAAAACGAGUGCAUAUAUUGGGGGGAGAGAUGCCAUGGAGCCGAAGCUUCAAUUGCUCAAAGGGAUGAAAUCAUCCAUAACCUCCAAACCCUCAACAACGAGUGGAGGGACAAAUAUGGCAACAUGACAGUACUGACUAAUUAUGCUCUCCAAGACUUUCCUGAUAAGUUAAAAGAGGAUGAUUUAAUCAUGUGCCCAAAAAAACACCCCUGA